AUGUCCUUUGAUAGAGUAAUUCAAGACUCUGACGAUGAGGACGAUCCUUUGUCGGAGAUGCCGCCUCUAGUCAAGCGGGCCCCGGAGCAGCCAAAGGAUCAUGUUGAUAAUGCAACCACUUGCAACGAGCAAUCUGGAAUUGUAACACCAGGCGGAGAAGCGCAAGAUAUCGACCAUGGAAAUUAUCUUGCUGUUGACUUUGACGCAUUUCUACAGUCACAGGAAACGGCGCCAAAUGGGUUCUCUGCCUCUCAGCAACGGAGGGAGGAGAAGUGGAUUCCGUCAGACGCUGGGGCGGGGUCAAUUGGUUCAGUAAUGACGGAAAUUGGACUUGCGCAGCAACGGCUGUUCGACGACGAUGAUGCUCAACAUGCAGUUUUCCGCGAGACUCAGACAGCUCUUUCUGGCAACCAGCCGGACAAUGGCUCAGUGCUUGCCCAGUCGCUUGUUCCUCUGGACAUGGUAGUGUCGAAUUAUGAUGAUUACAAUCACCACGAGGAGAGUCCUGGUGCUCUACAGCCUCGCGCAUUUGUUGCUCCCACAUCGCAAGACAUGGCUCUCCUCAAUGGCAAAACCCAUGGUCACGGUUACUCUAACAAUGACAUUACUGGGGUUUACGGAGAUCAUAUACGACAUGUCGGGCCGCAGAACGGUUCGUCGACUCAUGACUUGGCGCAAUCCUCAACGUCAUACAAUUUCUUUGAAUCAUCCCUGAAUCCACCUGCGCAGCUGAAUGACGAUAUUCAGAGCUACUCAAGAUCCAGCGACACAGUGCAGACCGCGGCUGUUCAUAAAACCCCAGGAAGAUCACAUUCCAUGCAAGCUACAUCUUACUCUCCCCAUGACACCGAGCCAAUCUCGUCAUUAGUGACCCCGAAAGUCAGUAGAGUCCAAAGCGACAGCACUUGCCGAUACGCUCCACCGUACUCGCCAGGAAGCGCAUACGAUGAGCUUGCUGCCCCCGUUACAAUCGAGAUACCGGCGGUUAAAAAGAAGCGCGGACGCAAAAGAAUGCAAGACAUACCAGAAGACGACGAAGAUGAUGAGCUUGCUCCCUCAAAUGAUCAAAGCAUCCCCGAGAGUGCCGAGCCAGUCAAGAGAAAGCCGGGUCGGCCACCGAAGGUCGUACGGACGGUGAACGAAUUCGAUGACGCCGGGCUGGCCAACGAUCAGCCACAAGACCGGCCUGUUCCUGGCUUGGAAGAGAUUCAAGAGCUUGGUGAUAAUCCGCUACCUCUUAAUGAAAUUGCAUCGAACCCAAUAACCAAUGGGGUAUUGCAUGCACCAGAAAAAAACGACUUGCGAGUCGAGAAGGAAAAUCGGACAGAAGUCUCGAACGACCCGUCGGCAGACAUGGAUAUUCAGCCGGCGAAGCCCUCGAAGAAGGCGAAAGAAUCCAAGAAGAAGAAACUGAAGCGUGGAAAGACCACCUCGGUGACAUUGAAGAAAACCCACGAAUCAGAUGUCGAAGAUGACGUGAUCUGGAUUGAUGAAAGACCCUCAAAUCAUAUCCUACAAGACGGACAGACCGCUCAGAAACUCAGCAAUGACCCAACAUCUGUUGAUUUAAAGAAUACGGAAUCGUUUCAAAUCCAUAUACCAGGUCCUCUCCCUCCCUCUGCGUCUGAAGGGACCGAACCCAAAACUUCGCUCGAGGCAUGGAAAGACGAACCAAAACCUGCACUUCCAACGCCCAAGAAGCGAGGACGCAAGAGGAAGAAGACAUCCGAGCUGCAAACCAGCGAAGAGACUCCCUCCGAGAAUGUCAAUGGACUCACACGCAGCGGAGACGAUAAUCAGGAACCACCAACGCGGCAAUCAGACAUUCGCGUGUCCGUCAUGUUGGAGAGGCCAUCGAACCAAGACACCCAUGAGCAGAAGACUGAAACCAUGAAUGAUAACUCUACGUCGGGAGAGGAAGCAACUACACACCCGGAAUCGAUCUCGCCCUCCGAUCCCUCACCAGCCACAGAGACAAACGCACCUGAAACCCCAAAGAAAUCAGACUCAUCAUCUAACCAGGCAGACCUGAGUAUAUGUCCAAAGACAAAAGACCCCGGAAAAGGCCCUGACAGGCACAGCCCGAUCGCAGGAACAAGCAAAGUUCCGUAUCGAGUCGGACUGAGCCGCAAGGCCAGAAUCGCGCCUCUGCUGAAGAUCGUCCGACGAUAA